CCCUGACAGAAGGGCUAGAUGCCUACACUUUAUUCGGGAUCAGUAUGAAAUGCUGCCUGUCAGGAUCCCGUCGGUCAGGAGGCUGACACAGGGAUCAUGACAGCCGGAAUACCAGCGGUGAGUGCAGCGUGUCCCCUCGCGGGCUUGCUGCGCUUGCCACGCUUUGGGUCCGGUUUAUAUUCCCCCUCGGGUGGUGGCGUGUACCACCACCCAAGUGGGGAUUUCAGCCGGCGAUUGGGAUUCCGCUUCUGUCUCCUGAUAGCCGGGAUCCCAACAACCGGACACUGCUUAACAUGCAUAUCAUGCUAUAAUACAACCUCACUAUCUUGCAAUGGGACAAACAUUACCUGCACGGCAGGAUAUUCUUGUGCAUCUGUACACUCUCAAGUUACCCUGGCUGGGAACAUCUCUGAUACUUUCAUCAGAACCUGUGCACCACAGAAUGAAUGCAAUAUCACCGGGAGUAGUACCUACAGUGACCGCACACUCAGCCUUCGCACCGCGUGUUGUUCAAGUGAUGACUGUGAUCCUGAAUUCCCCAGCGUACCAGACAAUAGCACCAGCAACAAAACCAAUGACAUUGUCUGUCGAUCGUGUGUCUCUGAAACAUCAAACUGGUGUUACACUUCUGACACAAUGACCUGUACUGGAGAAGAGAAGAAGUGUAUACGGGAAGAGAGAAAAAUAACGCGUAAUGGAUCAAAUACUGAAUUACUGGCAUUCCGUGGCUGUGCCACCGCAAGCAUCUGUAACGUUAACCAAAAAAUUGUGGAGUAUGGUGGAAACACCUUCGAUUCAAAAUUCAUCUGCACUGAUGGAAAUAUUGGUCUUCAUAAUCAUGCUUUCACAUCUGUCAUUAUCUCUUUUGUGUUGCUGAAAUGUUUGUUUUAGGACAUACACGUUUCAGAAUGAGCAGAUUGCUACUAACUGCAGAUAAAUCAAACCAAGAACAGUGAAGUUGAUGGCCUGUGGUCAACUGAACAAUUGAAACAGUUGACAAACAAAAUUUUGUAUAUAUAUAUAUCUCUAUAUAUAUCUCUAUAUAUAUCUCUAUAUAUAUCUAUAUAUAUAUCUAUAUCUAUAUAUAUAUAUAUAUAUAUAUAUAUAUAUAUAAGAGAGAGAGAGAGAGAGAGAGGGCACAACUGGACAACUGCAACUGAAAUGGCACUCCAAGACUUUUAAAUGGUUAAGAAACUGGUGUGUGUGUCCUGACGAAGGGGAAAACCCAGUAACGUAGAUAUUAAAAGCAUCAGUUUCUUGACCGCUUAAAAGUCUUGGAGUACCAUUCCUGUCACAGUUUUCUCUACGUAGGGGUGUGCCAUCCCCAGGAAGAGGCACCCGAUCAAGUAUGUAUUUGCGUACGUUUCACAGAGUGCUGGAUCAGUGGUUUGCUAUAUAUAUAUAUAUAUAUAUAUAUAUAUAUAUGUUUUUUAUUAAAUUGUAUCUGUGAAACAAUUUCAACCUCAUAUGUAUAGUUUGUUCACAAAUUUGAAGACGUUUUCACUGUUUCACAUGUCACGUAUUUGCAUUUGAAAAUUUGCACAGUACAAGAAAAUAUAUCAGGGUGACAUUAAAAUUAGCUUUUCAUUAGUAUAAUGAUACAUUUUUGCAAGUACUGUAUAACAUUAAUGUAGGUAAACCAAAUGUCGCUCAAUUCUGAAAUGUAAGCUUGUGUGUGGUAACAGCAGUAAAACCUGCAUGUCAAACUUUUGGAAGAGAAUCAUCAUCAUCGUCAUCACAAAAUAAGCAGUAAAACAAAAAGAUUUAGAAAAAUAGAAUUACAUUUCAAACUUCGUUAUGCAAAUUGUUGCAAAUACACAAUGGUUCUCCUUUUAAUGGAUAAUCUACAUCUUCUCAAAAUGUAUGCUUUAGAAGGCAUGAUCAGAUACAAUUCUAAACUUUCGCAAUGAAAGACAGCUCUUGGUUGGAUGCUUGUUUAGAAAAUAGCUGGGCGUGCCAAUCUUAAAUCAUUUGUGCCAUUAAAGCUUUACGUAUCAGUCCGAACGCUUGAUGAGGGUUUAUUUUCCUAUUCCCUUGAACUUUGGCCCUCAUUCCGAGUUGUUCGCUCGCUAGCUGCUUUUAGCAGCAUUGCACACGCUAAGCAGCCGCCCUCUGGGAGUGAAUCUUAGCUUAGCAGAAUUGCGAACGAAAGAUUAGCAGAAUUGCGAAUAGAAAUUUCUUAGCAGUUUCUGAGUAGCUCGAGACUUACUCCUACACUGCGAUCAGUUCAGUCAGUUUUGUUCCUGGUUUGACGUCACAAACACACCAGCGUUCGCCCAGACACUCCCCCGUUUCUUCAGACACUCCCACGUUUUUCCCAGAAACGCCAGCGUUUUUUCGCACACACCCAUAAAACGGCCAGUUUCCGCCCAGAAACACCCACUUCCUGUCAAUCACACUCCGAUCACCAGAACGAUGACAUUUCUUCGUUAAGCCGUGAGUAAAAUACCAAACUUUUUUGCAAAUUUACUUGGCGCAGGUGCACUGUGAACGUUGCGCAUGCGCAGUUUGCGACUAAUCGCUCCGUUGCGUAAAAAACUUACGAGCGAACAACUCGGAAUGAGGGCCUAUGUCAGGUCAAGAAAGUAGAUAACCAACAAUACAGUACAGGAAUAUUGUGGGUCAUAAAAGCAACUGACUAAAUAAGGUGUAUCGAUUUGUAAACAUUAAAGACUCCAUACAAUAUAAACAGGGCAUAUAUUAGAAAUUAAAAUGAUACAUUGGACAAACAUUAUUUUUUAUUUAUUACACGGGGGGGUAUUUAUUUAUUUAUUUAUAUAGAGA